AUGCAUGCUAACAAACCAAAUAAUAUUAAUGAUCAUUUUUAAAUUAAGACAUAAGUAUUAAGAUUAAAUUAAGUUCAUUUUUGGAUAUAUUUAAUAUUUAUAUAAUAAAUUAUAAAGAUCUUUAAAAAUAAAACAGAAUUUUAAAAUUUAAAAUUUAUCAUGAUUGAACUUCGAGAAAAGAUUAUAAUAUUUACAGAUCGGACCAGAUUAUAAUAAUUUUAAUAUUAUCUCAAAAGUUUUUAAAUUUACUUUCUGUGA